GUGCCAUACAGUCACAUUUCCGGUAGGUCACUAUCCACAAUGUCGGGAAAGGACGACGAUUCAACCCUUUCGAGAUACACACAGUUUACAAGGACUUUUUUAUCUCUACUUUUUGAUGCUCCUGCCACUUUGAUAAAGGGUACUGCAGAAAAGUUUCAAGGUGAUAGGAAAACUGUUCCCUAUUAUCACCGAAGGUUCAACAGGGUACCUACCAUUGAUGAGUGCUAUACAGAUGAUGUAAUGUGCCGAUUUGAAGCAGAUCAACAGUUCAAAAGAGACAAAAAAGUGGACAAUGACAUAUUGUUUAUUCUAAGGAAACGGUGGAUGCAUUGCGUAUUUUCUGAUUACAGCAACAGAAAUACAAAAUGUAAAGUAAUGAAGGAUACAUACAAUGAGACAAGUGAUGAAUGGAUGCUAAAAUAUGGACACUUACCUGUGUACUAUGAUGUAGUGAAUGCUUUCAUGAAACAAAAGCAUCGUAUGGUACAUGAGAGAAGGAUGAGGGAGAAAGGUGCUGCUGAAGCUGAGAUGGUUGAUGGAGGAGGAGAGAUGAUGUAGACUCAGGACAACAGUGUGUAGAAUAAGCUAGGAUCUGACAUUACACUUAAAGACACCUUCAUCAGAAGAGAUAUGACAUGUCACAUGUCAUAAAAUAACAUGUUAAAAGUGACAGUUUGAGGAUUGGACAAUGCUUGCUAUAAAGAAAGUCAGGUUGUGACCUAGAUGUUUUUACCAUUCAAAAUGUCUAAUGUUGGUAUGUGUAUUGUUCUAUCAGAAAGCAUGUAGUGGGUCUGUUUUCCACUGAAAAUCAUAAUUAUGACCCUUUACAAGGAAAAGUUAAAGGAGGUUUAUUCUUUAAAGACAAUUAAGGCACCAACUGACCUCACUUAUGUAAACCAUGUUUGUUACUACAUUGUACAGUUAUUUCUAUUUUAUGAAUGAGGAAAUAAACGGUUUGGCAAGUGUGAAAAAUGA